UUUACACGUUGUGCUGCGGGCUUUCAGUGAGAGCUUACAGGCGUUGUGAGAAUGAGUGCUGGCCGGACUGUGGAGGGCGCAGGCUGUGUCACUUGGUGGGGUUUCGGACCAGCAAGAGAUCUGCUCAGUGCAGGUGCUGUUAGGCAGGAAGGGAAGCUUAAUGUGUUGCUGGUGGGCAGUGGAGACCCCAGACACAUUCUAAAGACCAUCGCAGGCCUAAGAGACACUGACAAACUCCAUGUUUGGGUCAUUGAGAACAGUAUGGAGGUUGUUGCACGACAACUGCUGCUGCUCUAUCUGUCUCUGACCACUCCAGAGAGCAUGGGCCUGAAUGAGAAGACAGAGGUGUUUCUUGAGCUGUUUGGGAACUCUGAGAUUCGCUGUCAGACUGAAGAGACACUGAAACAUGUUGCCGCUCAACUUUCUCUUUCUGUCACCGACAUGCUUGACACAUGCACUCCGUCACACCCCUGCCUUGACACUAGUCUUCUCAAGUUUAGGGAGAGAGACGAGCUAGCUCAAAUCUUUAAACAGUGGCAGCACCCCCUCUCCACCCCAGCCAGUGUGUUUAAAGCCUGGGAUGCCCGCGUCCGACAGCACCUGGGCACACGCUACGACUCCCGCAAAGGCUGUUUCGACUGGGACCUCACCAUGAAACUACACCAGAAAGGGUGUGGAGUCAUUAACAAACAGCAGUAUGUCAAAUGGCGUGAAAGGGGUGUGGCUUUUGAGAUGAGGGAAGGGUUAUACCAACGAGCCAAUCAGAGUCUACUGUCCGUACGCGUGUUUAAUCACAGAGGAGACAGGGUGGGACUGAGAGGGUACUGGGGAGAUAUCGUCUCAAGCCCCUACCUGUCCUUUGGCAUCGAAACAGAGAACAAAGACCUUCUGAAGACACAAAACAACCAGCAUGUGAAGACCGCCCAGGAUAUCUCUGUAACAAAUGUCCAGAUGCUGUUUGAGUCCCUUUCCGCUAGAGGGGGCCACCGUUAUGCGCCUCAGCCAGUCAGUGAGUGUGGAGGCUCACAGAAUGCUUUGAACAAUCACAUACAACCAGAAACACACCACAGGACCCAUCAACUAGAAUUGAUUAAUCUACAUGGAGUGAGUGUGUCAUUCCUGUCUCUGGACUCCCUGACCAAACUAGCCCUGAAAAACAGAUACAGUCAUCUGUUCAACACCAUCUACUGUUCAGCCAGUAUGGUGCACCAUUUAGAUUCUUCACUGAAACAAAUAGCUGCACCAGACGCCAUCCUGAUUGUAGAACUCGCCAAGUACCUUUUGGAUCUGUCUAAGGAACAGGAAGCUGCUUUUGCAGGGAAGGUUGGAGAGAUUGCUAAAGAAGUAGGAUUUGUACCAGUCCAGAACCACAACAACAAUGCAUAUGCUGUAUUCACACUGCAGAAGAACUGAAAAGAUCGCACAUUUGCCGUCCUGACCUCACUAUUCUCCAUAUAAACACACACAGAACACACAAACAGAACACUCCAACCCAAAAGACCCACAUCUGUACAGAGCUGUCCUGUCCACAUACUUGGAUGUGUAGAUUCUAAAAAAAUACUCAGUUGACAGACAAAUUUACACAAUUAUUCCUCCACCCCAGAUGUUGUUGAACAGCCAUGGUAGUGUCCAAUUUUUGCUUCUUUAGUUUAGCUGCGAGGCGAAUGUUGCUAACAGACACUAGAAGAUUUUUGGCCCUACAUCUGUUGUCUAAAGUGGCUGCCUGUGGUGUUUAGCUACACGGUGGUUUUGUUCACUUUUAUAGUUCACAGCAGGUCAAACUGUGUCCUAAACCACACUGACCAGUCUGCACAGAUUUACUGAAGAUCUGGACACGGUUUGAGUGGGCCAAGAGAAGUUUUGUGGAUGUAUUUACAGGAAAGAUUUGAGUGAUAUUAGCUAUAUUAGCCUCAUAGUUCCAGUACUAACCUAAAGAUACAAAAUCUAGGCACGAAACAUUGUUCAUUAGUCGAUAUUAGUUCAACGACUACAUCUGGGUUAAAUGGAAA